GGCCAACAAGGAGGCGAAGCCGAUGGAUUGGAGUGUCAAGAAUGAAGACGGCAACACGCCCUUGCAUGUUGCAUUUCUCAAACGCAAGUUUGAGGUUGCUGAAUGGUUGGUGAAAGAGUAUCCUGAGCUGGUUGCUGUAACCAACGAAGAUGGGAAUACUCCUCUUCAUGUUGCGGCAGCAGUGGACGAUGUGAGCAUUUUCAAGGUACUAUUUAUCGAUAAAGAUAUUGUAAAAUGGCAGCCGACAGGGAGGUUGAAGAAUAAAGAAGGCAACACGCCGCUACAUGUUGCAAUUAUCAAUUACAAUUGGAAUAAAACUGCUAGAUUGCUACUGGAACUGUAUCCUGAGUGUGCUCGUGUUACCAACAAUUCCAAGCAGACGCCUCUUCAUCUUGCAAUUACCAAAUAUCCAUUUUUGGGUAACUACUCGAUCCCUCUGCUCUCACUAAUAUAA